AUGGGAUGUACACCAGAGUCGUUCAAGCAACGAACAUCAUCAAACGAUGACAAUCUACUCAACCAUACCCUCAAGCCCCGCCAUCUGCACAUGAUUGCGAUUGGUGGGUCAAUUGGUGCUGGCUUCUUCGUUGGAUCUGGAAGUGCACUCGAUAAAGGUGGUCCCGCCACACUACUCAUUGAUUUCGCCAUUAUGGGUGUCAUGAUUUUCAACGUUGUCUAUGCUCUUGGAGAGCUCGCUGUCAUGUAUCCUGUCUCAGGCGGUUUCUACACUUAUUCUACUCGGUUCAUCGACCCCUCAUGGGGAUUUGCUAUGGGUUGGAAUUAUGUGUUCCAAUGGGCCAUCGUCCUUCCUCUCGAACUCGUCGUCGCUGGCUUCACUGUGGGAUACUGGAAUCCAGACAUCAACGUCGGAGUUUGGAUUACGGUCUUCCUCAUCGCAAUCGUCAUCAUCAACGUUUUUGGCGUUCUUGGCUUUGCCGAGGAAGAGUUCUGGUCUAGCAUCUUGAAACUGGCAGCAGUUGUCAUCUUCAUGAUCGUUGGGCUGAUCCUAGUAUGUGGUGGUGGCCCCAGCAGAGGCAUUUAUAGCAAAUACUGGGGGGCGAGACUCUGGUAUGAUCCAGGUGCAUUCAAAAAUGGAUUCAAGGGAGUCUGUGCUGUGUUCGUCACGGCCGCUUUUGCGUUCUCGGGCACAGAGCUCGUCGGUCUCGCUGCUGCCGAAGCCGAAAACCCCGCCAAAGCUCUUCCUGGUGCCAUCAAGCAAGUGUUCUGGCGUAUCACCUUGUUCUACAUCAUUGGUCUCCUGUUCGUCGGGUUGCUUGUCAGCUCUACAGAUGACCGCCUCCUGGGUGCCAACCCAUUCAUCAACGUCGCCGCAAGUCCAUUUGUUAUUGCCGCCAAAGAUGCUGGUCUCAUCGGCUAUGAUAGUUUCAUGAACUUCAUCAUCCUCGUUUCCGUCAUCUCUAUCGGCAACUCAGGAGUCUACGGUGGCUCUCGAACCUUGACCGCCCUCGCAGAGCAGGGCUACGCCCCCAAAUUCUUCGCCUACAUCGAUCGAUCCGGCCGUCCUCUCUUCUCAACAAUCGCCAUCCUACUCUUUGGAUGUCUAGGCUACGUUACCCUGAGCGCAUCUGGUCCUGUAGUCUUCGACUGGCUACUCGCUCUCUCUGGGCUUGCGGCUCUGUUCACAUGGGGUUCUAUCUGCUUGGCACACAUCCGCUUCCGCAAAGCAUGGGCACAUCAAGGGCACACCCUGGAUGAGAUCCCAUUCAAAGCCGUGUUUGGUGUAUACGGUUCUUACGCAGGCUUGAUUCUCAUCUUCCUUGUUCUUGUAGCACAGUUCUACAUCGCACUCUACCCACUCGGGAAAAUGGGCAAAAUUGGUACCGCUGAAGAUUUCUUCAAACAGUAUCUUGCGCUACCAGUUGUGAUCGUGUUCUGGAUUUGUGGGUAUUUCUGGAAGCGCACAGGCUGGUUGAGGACGAGUCAGAUUGAUGUUGAUACCGGCAGGAGAGAGGUCAAUUGGCAGUUGAUUAAUGCGACGAGGGCAGAGAUUGCGAGCUAUCCAGCGUGGAAGAGGCUCGGGUAUUUCUUGUUCUGAGGGGUAAAGUGUAGGUUGCAAAGAGGGGAAGGGGCUGCGGCGAAUAAGGGUGGACCAAGGUAAAGGUUUUGAUUUUCUAAGUCUCUAAACAUCUUCAAUGGGCGACGGACCAUGUUCGCUGUUUUUUCAUGUUGCUUUUAUAUAGAGAGAAUAUGCAUGGCUUUCUAC